CAAAAGGGGGCGCCAGGAGAAGUCAAACAGCAAGCCAGGGCACCAAAGACCUUCAGUUCAAGAAGAGUUUUAUAAGGCCUGUCCCCAUUAUGCAAGCUUUCAUCAACUCAGUUGUUGAUAGUGCCAAGGUGGAUGCACGGAAAAUAGACAAAUGUAUAGAUCUGCUGCCAAAGCAAUUUCAAACCAUUUUGAUAUCAUCCAAUUUCUCGUAUGGGAAAAAGUCACACAUACCGCGAUAUGAGGCAACACAGUACGAUGAUGCUUACAAGGUGGACGAUGCCGUGGACGAAGAUGAAGAAUUCGAGAACCGCGCAGCUGGACAGAUCAAGUUCUGGGCGGCACCAGAUGAAGAUCAUGAAUGCUCCAACUCCCAUCAAGACCCUUUUGCUGGCGACGACUCAAACGGUCAAAUGUCAGAGGAUGAAGCAUUCGUAAACGGCGGGGAUGAGCCUGAGCCAACGCAAGUGCCAGAGAUUUGCUCAGAAAGUCCAAGUUUCGCUGUAGAAGGUGAACGAAGCUCUCUGAAGAGAAAGGUGCCGCACCCUUCAGAGUCAUCGAAACGGCAACAAGUGACCAAUAUUCCAUUCUCAAGCUAUGAAUGCAGGAGGUACCUCGAGACAGACGAGCAUCAAGCUCAAGAUACGCCCGAGGCCGUGACUUGCAGUUGGGCAAAGGGCUUCGCGAUGGGAUGGAGUAUGGCAGCAACCCUCUCCGUUGCGCAGUCGCUUCUUCGCGAUGCCACAGCCCAGCAUAUGAGGAGUGAGCCUGAGACUGAUCCUGAGUGCGGGAUCUUUGUGGGAUGGCAGAACAAGGCAUGGGAUCAAGAGCCUGUUGCAAAUCCUUCGCCCUCCUCAAAUGCGCAUGAUUCCUUGAGAAAACGUCGGGAAACAAGAAGUUCGAAGUCUACACCCACGAAGACAAGUACAUCGCAAGAAACAAGUGCGGAAACUCGCGAGUCACCCGCAACGAGGAUUCUUGACCUUGUGAAGCAAGCAGAGGAGAAGUUUGAGAAACAGUACGGCAAGGGCUCGUGGUCUCGCAAACCAACCGGGUCUGACGAAGACUCUGACAUGGAAGAUGAAGAAGAUGACUUGAUUGUUUGAAACUUCGAUGAUCAGCGCUGCGAUGUUAGUUUCAUUCGUGCCGAAAGGGACUCAUUAAAGACUGCAGGCUCGCUG